ACAAUAAUGAUGGUGAUGAUUGUUUUGUCAAUACUGAGUGUGUCUGUAUCUGCUGCUGUUACACCAUCAGUAAAGAUUGGUGAGGAUUGGUCGUUGCCAACUUGGUUGACCAGUGUGGCUCCAAACUCUGGCUUCUUCAGUGAGGAGGCCGACCACACCUAUAACGUGGACCUGCCAGUGUUUGACAUUGCCUGGAAUCAGAUCAACCCAGCUCGUGGUGUCUACGUCUACAACAUCUCUGCAACAAUACAAGGAAUGCCAAUCAACUCCUUUGCCACACAGAACUCAACACUCAAAGGUCCAUUCUGGAUGCGUCUAUGGACGAGCUCAGAGCUAUGGGCACCAUCAUGGAUCAAGUCAUACUGCAAUGUUGGUGUCAUUGGCGUGGACGAUGACCAACAAGGACAUCUACCUAUUUGGGAUGCAUGUGUUUGGGGCGAGAUCAAAGAGGUCUACAAGCAUCUAUACUACACUCUUAACAUGAGAGCCGACCCAAGAUUGAAGUUUGUAGAUGUAUCGGAUGACUACAGUUACAAGCUGGUCUACACUGGCGAGGACUACCCAUUCGACGUGGACAACUGGCCCGAGGACAAGAACAAUCUGGCACGUGACGCCAUAAACAUGGGCAUGGGCGUGCGCAAUGGCAUCACAGAGGUAUUCAACUUCCAUCUAUCAAACAUACCCUCGUUCGGCUACAUUGUAGAUUCAACUGGCUACAUCGUCGAGAACAAGUCAUGGCCACUGCUUACCAACCCCAAUCGUGUGGUGGCCGCAGAGAAUGAAUGUUACACGGACUGCCAAUACAAGGUACCUGCCAACCUCUUGUUCUACGCCAUCAAGAUGUCAAACCUCAAGGCCAUCCAGAUGGGCGUCAACUGGCUUUACGUGGUGCCCAGCCAGAGCAGGAUGGGCGUGUACCCCGAGCACUGGAACUGGGUGCGCUACUCAAUCGGACGCAGCCCAUCCAACGCGUUUGAGGCGUGGGCUCAGCUGCGAACUGCCCAGGACACUUUUGACUCGAGCUACAACUUCAACUGGGAUGGCAAGCCCUACGUAAAGAACUUUGAGCGUUACCUAACCCAGCGUGAUGUUGUCGGAGGCGCCUACACAGUGGCCAAACUCAACAAGUUUAGCCAGGUCGUUGAUCCCACCAACGGAAUUUCAUACGAGGGCCGCCAGACUCAGCUGGCCAACGGCAACAACUCGAUCGCCUUCUUUGUGGACGACCGAUUUGUCGCAACGACUGAGGGUAUCUCUGUCGAUGUCAAGGUGACGUACAACGAUGUCACCGCCACAUCGUGGUUGCUGACCUAUGUCAAUGGCGACGGUGUUCUCACCAACACCAGCGCUGUCGUCACCUCUGGCACGUCCAAGAACCUGACCACCGCCACAUUCAAUCUUGGCAGUGUUCGCUUCGAUGGAUCAUUGUUACCAGGUAACUGCGAUCUCAAACUAUCUGUCACCGGUGCAAAUGAUGUUGAUGUAUGGUUCGUACGUGUGAUCAAGACCACCGCAGUUGUGCCAUCGACCACCUCCACAACCACCACUACCACAACGUCACCAACAACCUCAACUACAUCAUCCACUACUUCCACCACAUCAUCCCAAUCAACCACCUCCACAACUACUUCACCAACAACAUCCACUACAUCAUCCACUACUUCCACAACAACUCAAUCAUCAACCACCACAUCUGGACCAAGCUCUGCCAGUGCCCUUCCAAUCGCCCUUCUCCUUCCAAUGAUAUUGGCGCUCAUCAUCUCUGUUAUAUUA